UCGCGGUCGCAGUCGCAGUCGCAGUGGCAGUGGCGCGCGCGCGGAACGGCUGAGCGUCGCGACGGCCGCGGAGCGUUGACCCGUCCGGACGGAGCCGCAGGAAAGCCAACUCGGCGCAGGGACUCGGACGCGAGAGGGAAGAUGGCGCGGCCCGCGGAGGUGGAGCGUUGACCCAGUUCUCGCGUCGCAGCGCGCCCCAGCGCGACCGGCGCGGCCCCAGGUGCCCGGUCCGAGGCGACUCGGCCCCGUUUCCGUCCGGCAGCCGCGCUCGCGCAACCCGCCAGCAUUCUGAAGAGAUUCGACUUCAGGGGGGCCCUGGCAGGCUCCAGCGGGGCCGGCAAGAUGGGCAACAACGCCGCCACCGCCAACAAGAAGGUCGACGCCGCAGAGAGCGUCAAGGAGUUUCUCGAACAGGCCAAGGAAGAGUUCGAGGAGAAAUGGAAGAAAAACCCGACCAACACGGCCAGCCUGGAGGACUUCGAGAGGAUCAAGACCUUGGGCACGGGCUCCUUUGGUCGGGUCAUGAUAGUCCAGCACAAGCCGACCAAGGAGUACUACGCCAUGAAGAUCCUGGACAAGCAGAAAGUGGUCAAGCUCAAGCAAGUCGAGCACACCCUCAAUGAGAAGCGGAUCCUCCAGGCGAUCCAGUUCCCCUUCCUGGUUUCGUUGCGUUUUCACUUUAAGGACUAUUCCAAUCUCUACAUGGUACUGGAAUAUGUGCCUGGCGGUGAGAUGUUCAGUCACCUGAGGAAGGUCGGCCGGUUCUCCGAGCCCCACUCGCGCUUCUACGCGGCGCAGAUCGUCCUGGCGUUCGAGUAUCUACACUAUCUCGACUUGAUUUACAGGGACCUCAAGCCGGAGAAUCUGCUGAUCGAUUCACAGGGCUACCUCAAGGUGACGGACUUUGGUUUCGCCAAGAAAGUCAAGGGUAGAACGUGGACCCUGUGCGGCACGCCGGAGUACUUGGCCCCCGAGAUUAUCCUGAGCAAGGGCUACAACAAAGCGGUCGAUUGGUGGGCCCUCGGAGUGCUGGUGUACGAAAUGGCAGCCGGUUAUCCGCCCUUCUUUGCCGAACAGCCCAUUCAGAUCUACGAGAAGAUCGUCGGAGGGAAGGUCCGCUUCCCCUCGCACUUUGGCUCGGAGCUGAAAGACCUGCUUCGCAACCUGCUCCAGGUGGACUUGACCAAGAGGUACGGCAAUCUCAAGGCCGGAGUCAACGACAUCAAGGGGCACAAGUGGUUCGCCAGCACCGACUGGAUAGCCGUCUUCCAGAAGAGGAUCGAGGCACCGUUUAUCCCCGUUUGCAAGGGGCCCGGUGACACCAGUAACUUUGACGAUUACGAGGAGGAACCGCUAAGAAUCUCAUCCACCGAGAAGUGCGCCAAAGAGUUCGCCGAGUUUUGAACGCACGGUCGAGUCGCGCACGACGUUCGACUUGACCUCGGUGAGCCGUCGCAGCGUCUCGAGGGGCAACGGCGCGCUUCGGCCGCCCUCACUCCGGGAGUCGCCGCGCCGCGACCCGGCCUGGCGAGCCUUCCAAGGGACGAGACGCGGGUCGACGCCGCGCGACCUAAUUUGGUCGUCGUGUACAAAGGCUAUUACUUUUUACUAGGAGAAACCUUUUUUUUAGUCGUCGCAUCGACGAUCGUUUCCUGGAUCGACGUUCCCAGAAAGAGAAAGAAAGAGAGAGCGCGUGAAAGGAGGAGAGAAUGCGAGUGAGAGUGAGAGAGAGAAAGAAAAAAAAAAGAUAUUUAUCGGACGCACGCCAAGAUCGGUUGCAUCGACUACGGGUAUCGACCUCGCGAACGCUGCUUUCGAAACCAGGGUGUACGCAUCGUGCUGCCCCUCCGUUGCAGUGGUUUUCCAAGAGAGAUCUGCCUUCGCUCAUCGCGUACAAACGUUAAAAGAAUUAAACUUAGCCGUUGAAUUAUCCUUUAGAAGCUCGUCGUCGCUGCUCUCCUAGAGUGAUAAUCGUUAAUGCUCUUCUCGUAGUGUAAAAAAUCAAAGAGGACAGUGAAUGUCUACCGUGUCGUUACGAACUGCCCUUCGAGAGUAAACAACCGAAGAGGAAUCGCAAGAUACUUCUACGAGACCAUGGUUUUACCAGUGCUUUACCAGUGGAAUUCCAGUCCUAACGUACUCUACGGUCUGUUAUCCGUUAACUCCGCUACGAAUCCAAGUUUCUUCAAAGGUCGGAUCUACGAUUCGUCUCUAACCUUCGUCAAGUUCCUCUGGAAACGAAGAAUGCUCCUGUACGAUUUUUUGAUGUCUGGAAUAUCUCGUGGUGUUCACUGGACAUUGAACAUCGACUCCGAGCAACCUCCCAUAGGACGUACCGACUUACCAGGCAACGCCAGUGCUCGACCUAACCCUGAGUUUGUGAUCUAAUUUGCAGCAGAGUUUCUGGAUUUUCUCCUCGGGCUCCGGAAUUAAGCGCAAAGUGGACACGUUACGAAGAUGACGGAUCGCGUUGAGGGGAUCCUCGGCGGCGGACUCUCCGCGAUGAUCGCUCAUCAUUUCCCGGUCCUCUGUCUGACACGUCGAGGAAGAAGUAUUCGAUUUCGGGCUUUCGGAAACUUUUUUUCCCUCCGAUAUCCCUAGGGAUCCGAGACAUCCGACGUGUCGUCGCACUUGUCACCGUUUAAUCCAGUAUAGCACGUGGCAUUAAGUGCUUCCGGAGAUUUCACAUUUGAAGGAUCUUCUUCUCGCCUCUCCUCCUCGCUUCCUAGCGACGACAAAAUAAAACAACGAUUCGAGUACUCCUUCGAAAUAGGCACUUUCGACGACGAUCAUUUUCGGGAUGACUUUCUUAUUCGUCCUAUUUCCUGCGCGGAAUGCUAUUCUUGCUCGGCACUAAAAAAUGGAAACCCGUGGCACGCGGAACGGGAGGAGGAAAAAGAUGAAUAUUUUCCGACUAUUUUUGGGAGAAAAUCGAUGCAUGGAGAGAGAGAGAGAAAGGUAGAGAAGGAGGUCAUUCUCAUUUGACCGAUGCAAAUUCUCGCUCGAGGUCGAUCAGAUUUCCCGGCCGAAUUUACCCGGCAAUUGCGAGCGCAUUAUUGAUCUGUAGCGGGCUACGUAAGUGCUAAUGUAUACAUUACCGAUUUACAGCAGGACCAAUGGACACGGCUCAAAAGUGCCCGCAAUUGUAGUCGACUUGUACGGAGCGGAUAGAGCGGUUACUCCUAAGAUUUAUCUACCGGGGUAUCUCCUCUCGGUCGGAAAAGAAAGGAAGGAAUAACGAAACGGGAAACAAGGAAUCUCUUCGAGCAGAGUUAUGAGAGAAUUCUCUCCGGAAGCGGAAUGAAAAUCUCGGAUGGAAGUAAUUCUUUUUUCCUCCCCUCUUUUAAUAAUAAACGACCGGGAGGUGAACCGAGGCGUAAGGCAUUUUUAAGAAUAACGAAGGAAUUUCUCCCGCGAGAUCGCUGGUCCAAUUUCUCCUGCAGAAAUAUCUCCUACCCGUGCAGGUUGGACGCGUUAACGCAAUUAACGUUUAUUUCGUCCUAGGUUGACGUCGACGAUCCUGCGGUUCUCUUUUCUCGUGGAAAUUGGCCCUCCGAUGUCUUUUGGCCGGCUCGAGAGUCAUGGACUAAGAUUUCUUUUCUUUCCUCGUCGAACGAUGGGAGAGCGACUGCGGAUGGAUGGUAUUUUUCGAUUAAAAUGGAGAUGAGUAUUUUAAUUCCCGACCCCCGUGUCGUCCCCUUCGAGAUCGAGAGGACAACCCUUUACCCUUUGUCAACUGUAAUCUCGUAACCUCGUUACAUCGUUCCGAAACGAAUCAUCGAAGUCCUUGUUAGCAUCCGAACGACUUUCGCUUCGCAUUGGGUGAAAGCAUUGUCAAAUUUCGCACGCGGUGACUAAUUACUAAUUACCGAUAUGUACUCCUUAUCGGCGCUCGUUGCGUCGCGUCAUGAGCGAAGUCAGGUCGUACUCGAGGUUUAGUAAGUACGGCCGGAUUACGGUCUACUUCGAGUACACGUAAGGACUUUCUCGGCCCCGUGUACUCGGGAGGGAAGAAGUCAUACCCGCCCCAAGUGAGGUUUCGAUUCUCGUGAAAUAUGUCCCCGAUGAGUUCUCGAUAGUGGUUAUCAAUUUCCGUUGCACCGGGUCGAAGCCUCCCUCGGGGCCGAAAUUUCCUCCUGGGCAUUUCGUAAUGUCAAGUAACGUUGGACGAAUCUCUCGAUACGAGCGGGAAGGGAGGCGAACGGUACGCCCGAAAGCAGCGUCCGGGAAAUUACGUGUAUAAAUGAAAUGCGUAUGUAUACAUGUACACACUUAGCUGUUAAUUUUGCGCUAGGAAGCCAAGGACGAGACCACGCGAAACCGGAACUAAAAGGAUCAAGCUUUUCCGUAACAUCGCGGUGUAACGUCGUAGGAUGUCCACGUACACUGUAAGAAGAAUAUUAAGAAACAAACCCAAAAAAAAAAUAAUAUGAGAAAGAGAAAAUCCAAGAAACAAUUAACAGAUGUCGUGUAAAAUUACUAAAGGUAUCGAUGGUAAUCAACAGAACCUAGAAUAACUUGGGUAAUUUUACCUAGGAUCGUGCAAAGUGUAAUUAACCCUCUCGUUGUUGAAAUCAAGAUGGCGGGGCAACGCCGUAGGACGUAGCCCGAAGUAGUUUCCAAUAUCGCUGUAAGGAUAUUUUCCGGUGGCUCGAUUUUUGCCCUCCUAUUUUCCUCGGGAGAAAAAGGAGCCCUUGAAUUUCCGAAAAGGCGGUCCGCGGUGAAGUUUCGAAUCCGCCUCGAAUUUUCGGCAAACUCGGGGAAAAUGAAACCAUCGGUGCGGGGAGUAUAUAGAAUCGGAACGAUUUAACGUAACCCUCGGUGAAAGGUGACGUCGCCUUUCUUUUAGCGAGAAAUAAAUUCAGUAAAAUAGGAAAUCCAUCGCGAUGCGAGUCAUGUCGUAGUUUCCAAUAGGGAAUUUCCGUUGGCCGUCUUUUCUCUCGCGAGAAAAAUGAAAACGUCGAGUUUCUCGGAUCGCAUCCUGCGGUGGAGUUUGGAAACUGACUUUGGCCGAGAUUCGCUCUCGAAUCGUCGGAUCCUCGGCGCGACUCUUGGAAGCGAGAGAGAAACUCGUAUGCUCGGCAUGUGUGACAGAAAGAGAGGGACGGAGGGCUCCAAGUAGGACUGGAGAACGAGAGCGAGUACUCCUCUUGCCGAGUAGUACUCAAAGGGAAAUCAAAUCGUCGGUUCGAGUAUUACGUAAGUGGUUGUAAAAUCUCGCAUAUAAUACACACGAAUCUAAUGUAUGCAUGUGACAGGGAGAAAGAGAAAGGGGAAAAAAGGAUGAGACGAAUCGUGCACGGAGAAGAAUCAAUCGGAAGGCUCGCACGCCCCGACGAUUUCGAUGAUAACGGCGAUAACGAUGUCGCGACGAUUUCGCAAUUACUUUCUAGGAGAAUUGAAAGUACCGAGACGCGGAUAGCCGUUUCCACCUUGAACGAUGCAGUUUCGAGGGGAACCUUCCGAGUGAUCGUUCCACGGGCAAUUGAUAACGCCUUUUACGGGUGAUAUACUUUUUCCCGUAUAUGUAAUACUGGUACAUCGCCGACAGGAGGUACGCCAAUGAGAUCGGCUUCGGAAAGUAACGAUACUUGGUAUUACAUAUAUACUUUUUCCGCGCAUAUCCUUCUGCCUCCUCCAUCGUGCCGUUAUAUUAACGAAUUGUAAACGAAUCCCCCCAAUUAAAUAAAGGUACGGACCACUGAUGCAGCAAUACGUACGUAAUAUGUAACUCUUGUGCGCAAUCGCUCACGCUUUAACGACGCAUAUGUAUGUAUAUGUACAUGUAUAAUCGUGUAAGCCGAGGACGCGAGGACCUUUGGUACGCCAGUUUUUCAUGUUUCGAUCUUUUUCUACGGCGGUACGGAAGAGCGUGUCGCUUCAAGGAAAGCAAUCGUUUCGUCGUUACGUCAGGAUCUAAAUUACCUUUAUUAUCCGAAUUUCGAGCGUCUCGAGUACAAGUACCGAGAACGCGAAACGAUUCGGCUGGUCUCCCGAUUUUCGCCAAUUUAUUUCCUUCGGCGAGGUAAAUUUCAUCCUGUCGGGACGAUGACAGAUUUUUUUUUUACUGGGCCGGAAACGACAGCUCACCGAAAGGUGUACCGUACCUGUACGGAGGGUGUACAGAGGGUGAACAAACGCAACGCGAGAUGUGUACGAGCUUCAUUGAAACGCUAGGCAGCGUAUGAUUUCAUUCCGCGUUAAUUUUCUGUAAAAUCCGGAUUUUGGUCACCCACGGAGUCAGUGUCGAUUUAAUUAUUAAUUUCGCGCGCAGUAAUUAACGGGUGCCGAUCAAACCGGACGUUGCGAUUUCAUUUCCGUUCCCGUCAGGCUCCAGCCUCGCCGAAAAGCGGAAACGGUGCCGAUUUCAAUUCUCCACCGGAAGGGAGGUCUCGAAACUCGGAGAGGAAAGUCCUAAAAUUCGUUUCCUCCUCGCUGGGGGUCUCCGAUUCUCGAAGUGCCUCUUCGGGUUCCUUUUAGAGGGAGAGGCACUUUUCUCAUCCCGGAGGUCGCCGGGAUGGGAGAAAGUCCGUACAUCUUUUACGUCCGAACAAACGGUCCCCGAUACACCUAGAACGGUAAAUCGGGUCUCUAAGUGCAGCCUGGAAACCGCGGCAAUUACGCGGCUUGCGGGUAAAACGCGUCCUCGUAAAGUGGGAAAGUGGAAUUCCGAUAGGCAACAUUAAUUGCGUCACAAACCGGAGCGGUCACAUUUCCGAGGCACUCGUUCGAUCCCGACGGGAAAAGAAAUAAAAUCCACCUUACGUCUCUGUACGCGAAUCGUUAUUAAAUAUCCAACACGCAUCGCACAGCGGAAAAGAGUUCUCAACCCCUCGUAGAGCCAAUAAUUUCCUGCUAAUAAUUACCUCGUAUCUAAACGUCGGGAAAUUAAACAUCGCCGCGCGAAGGAUUUAAUUAAUCCUAGUUUCUUUGGACCUGGGGAUUAUUCCCUCGCCGAGAGAGAGAGAGACAUCCAGGGCGGUAAUCGUCGAAGGGGUUUUUCGCGAGUACUCUCAUCUCGUCGAAGCCAGGACAAAAGUGCAAAACCGAGGAGGACGAAGUGGCUCUCUAUCUCUAGGAGAAUCAUCGGGAAAUUCAUGGAAAAUUCAUCGGGGUCGCUGAAAGAUUUAUCGGGAUCUCUCCGAGCUUCCCAGAGGACCUUUCCGACUUAAUGUCGACUUCCUUUGAGGCUGCCCUUUUAUUUCUUAUAUCUCGCUUGUUCGGAUCGGGUAACUAAAUCCGUUGGACCGGUCGGAGAUCUCGGUGCAGUCGGGAGACAUUUGAAAAUUGGUAUCGCAGGUGGAAUUCACUCUAGACCCGAUUUCCCGGGUUUCUCGUCUAGGAGGAAUCGCUUCUUACGGGAAUUGCGAGCGCAGCUUCCGUAGGGAGCAUUUUUCUGUGGCUCGAACCGUGGGAAAAUUCGCGGGGUAAUGGGGUAUUCGAAAAAAUGGGAUUACCGGAAAAGCAGGUUUCCCGUCCCGUUUUCCGGGCACGGGUCAGCUCGUGACACUCGAUGCGACAUCGUGCGUGCGACCGCGGAAAAGCGAUCGACUUUGGGGGAGAAUCGCGAGCCGGGGCGUCGUUCACAUCGGCGCUGUAAAUACGUUCGGAUGUAGGUACACCUGUAAAACGACAAGAUUCGGUGUCGAGCGUGCGAUCCGAGGCUACCUGAAUCGGUCGUACCUAUAGAGAUGUUUAGUCGCGUGACUAAGUUCGUCUGUGAAUAUAAUCUUAAUCGUACGAAGAUGUGUCUUAGGCUAUUUGUAUUUAAACGUUUUAUUAUUUACGUAUUACGUAGUACUUACAAGUGAUUAUACGAUGCAUAUUCUAAAUAAAUUAUUAAAUAGUUAUUACAUGGC